UUUGUUCAGGCAAUUCCUGCAAAAAACUAAGUUUUAUGGAUAGAUUACCUCACUUCCUUUGCAUUAUUAUGUUAGCUGUACAGGUAUUGAGCUUGGUAGCAAAGAGUCAGGCAUUAGAGGGUAGUUCAGGGUCCAUGGCACCAAGGGCCUGGCCUGAAGCUCAACCACCCAAUGGGGUAAUUGCAGAAAGUCCAAGGAGCAGAUUGAUGGGAAAGCACCGUUAUUCUGACGCUGGUGGAGAUUUUAUCCUCGGAGGAUUUGUGAUGGUCAUGGUGGUCGUGGUUGCAUGCUAUAUUCGCGUCACCAGGAAGAACCCUGAAGCUGCCAAAGCCUGAGUUUCAAAAGUUCUUUGCCUGCCGUAGGUACUUUAUUUUGGAGGAACAGAUGAUUAUAAUACGGUUGAAAUAGUCUCUAGAAUUAUUUUUUUUUUGGAGGAUAAAUAAUUUCUACAACGUUUUGUAGCAUUUGACAUGGUGGAAAAUGAAAUAUUUGUUUGAUUUUGUGUGGUGGAAAAUGAAAUAUUUGUUUGAUU